AUGUCCUCCGACUUCGAAAGAGAGCGCCUCGUUACGCAGGAUAUGGGCAUCUCUUCGCCCGAAGCGGAAAAAACGGCGCAAAAAAUGCCGAACAAAACAAAUGACGCAGGCGCGGGCCGCCGCCGGGAGUUCGUCGAAUGGGAAGAAGUCUAUGCCGGAACGUGCUACGGCACGCUGCGCAGCGAACUGAAACGUAUCUGGGACAAAGGACACGUGAUCGUGUUCGACGUGGACGUCAAAGGCGGCGUCAACCUGAAACGGAUUUUCGGCGCGCAGGCGCUGUCGGUAUUCGUCAUGCCGCCGUCGGUCGACGAACUGCAACGGCGGCUCGAAGGACGCGGCACCGACUCGCCCGAAACGAUCGCCCGCCGCGUGGCGAAAGCCGAACAGGAACUCGCCUUCGCGCCGCAGUUCGACCGGUGGUCGUCAACGACUGCUUGGCUACCGCCGUCGCCGAGGCGGAGCGGAUCACCGAAGCGUUCAUCGGAUAACGGGCCGUUCCAUGCAGGCGGAAACGAUACUCUAUUUCGGGUCGUUCAACCCGGUGCACCGGGGGCACGUGGCCGUGGCCGAUGCCGUAUUGGAAUCGACGGAAGCCGAAGCGCUUUGGUUCGUCGUAUCGCCGCAAAACCCGUUUAA